AUGCCGCCAAAGACCAGUGGAAAGGCAGCGAAAAAGGCUGGCAUUUCAUCGAAGGCAAUGAGCAUCAUGAACAGUUUUGUGAAUGACAUUUUCGAGCGCAUUGCUGCUGAAGCUUCCCGUUUGGCCCACUAUAAUAAACGAUCGACAAUAACGAGUCGCGAAAUCCAAACGGCAGUCCGCCUACUUCUGCCCGGUGAAUUGGCUAAGCACGCCGUAAGUGAAGGCACCAAAGCCGUUACCAAGUACACCAGCUCAAAGUAA